AUUUGGUCGCUAGGUAAACAAAAUUCUCCGCAUGAAGAUAUACCUCAAUAAGCUUCUACAAAGAGCACUGUACACCUAAUCUGCAUGCAUAGGCUUUUCUAUACCUAAAACCCCCUGGCACGCCGUCAAUCCCGAUCCACUGAAGGAAAAAAGAGGAAAAAACUCCCCCAAGAAAUGACCCUAACCACACCACAUAUCACGGCAAACAGCUUCCUAACAACAACGACCACCACCAGCACAAGCUCCACAACGACAGAUGACCCAGAGCCCGUACUAAUAUACUUCAUCACCGGAAACCCAGGGCUUAUAUCCUACUAUCAUGCAUACCUUUCCCUUCUAAGUUCAGAACUCUCUCCUGGUACCGAUGUUGAUGGUUGUGGUGCUCCUGAUAGCGGGAGCUGGAGCAACAGCAACAGCAACCGCAACAUCCCCCAAUGCAUCAUCCAUGGAAAAAGCAUGGGCGGUUUUGAGAUUAUUGAAAAUGACCGAGGUGUGAGUAACGUUAAUGGAGGGACAGAAGCGCAAGCGCACCCAAGAGCAGCAGCAGCAACGAAUACGAAGCUAUACAACCUCUCAGAACAGAUUGAGCAUGUGGAGCGCAACCUGAACGAUUUCGUGGAUGCAUGGCGUGCGAGGAUGGAUUGGAGACAGGAGACGGACGGCAACGGCGUUGCUCAAGAAGAAGAAGAAGAAGGAGGAGGAGGAGUAGAACGACGGCAGCGCGGAGGUGCUAAUGUGAUUUUAAUCGGCCAUUCGGUUGGUGCGUAUGUCGCUAUGGAGCUCAUAAGACGACAGCGGGAGAGGAAUAGUAAGAGACAGACGAAGACAUCAUCAUCAGCCGGCAAGGGGGAAUGUGGAAAUGGAAAUGAUGGUGCGAUGGACAUUAUCGGCGGAAUCCUGCUGUUUCCGACUGUGGUUGAUAUUGCGAAGAGUUCGUCUGGGAGGAAGUUGACUCGACUUCUCUACAUUCCUUACCUAGCCUUACUCACAAGCCUGCUAGUCAAGCUCCUCGUAUUUAUACUGCCGGGAUCUUGGUUACGCAGCGUGGUGGGGAUGGUUAUGGGUUCGCCCCCAGGAAACGCAAUUGACACAACAGUGGAGUUUUUAAGGAGUAGACGGGGUGUUGAGCAAGCGAUACACAUGGCCGCAGACGAAAUGCGCGAGAUAACAUCCGACACAUGGAGUGACGAGAUUUGGGGCAUAGUUUCGUCAUCACCCGCACGUUCAUCAACGCCAAUAUCAACCACAGCUUCAGUGCCAGCAAAGGUACCACUGAAUCUGGUGCUAUAUUUUGCACAGCAAGAUCAUUGGGUAGCUGAUCAGACGAGAGACGAUAUUAUUCGAGCUAGGGGUGGUAUGGAAAAGGGCACGGGUAGUAAUGGUCCCAGGAUGCAAGUGUGCGAGGAUGGAGUGGUGCAUGGGUUUUGCAUUCGGCAUAGCGAUAUCAUGGCAAAAAAGACCGCCGCGUGGGUGAGGGAUAUUAUCCAAGGGCGACAGAACGGCCAGCGGUUCACUACAACCGCGUAGGCAGAUAGGCAAUACAUAGACCCAUACUCUCAAUAGAUCCCUUGUUUUUGUCUGGCAGAGAGACGGCGCAUGGGGAUGCCGAAGACAUAAUCAAUAGGUGUCACAAAAAGCCGUAGGAACAGACUAUCUAGCUAUUUGCCAAAAGUCCUCCCGUCCAAUUAAGGCCUAAGUCGUAUAUAGAAACUACAUUCAAGUAGCCUCUAGGUCACUGUGCGGGAGCUUGAUAAGCCUUUCUGAAAAGCGCACCAAGUACAUCACUUCCUGCGGUGGUUGUUGGUAACUGCGGUGGAGCAGCGGGCGGAACUGGCCAAUACCCGCUUCCCUGCUGCCCGUGAUGUUGAUGUUGAUGAUGUUGCUGCUGCUGCUGCGUUUCUGAAUCGACGUUUCGUAACGCGGGACUGUGAACCUU